AUGGCCAUGCCCACGUUCGCAGCUGCCAGCAGGGCCCGGUUUGCCAUAAAGAGUUACAGCGUAGAGCAUGGCUACCCGUCUCGGCGUCGUUCGCUGCUGGACGAUGCCAAAUUCGAGACGCAAAAACGCCGGGAGGCCCAGAAGUUGCGAUCGCAGGACGAAGAGGCUCUGCUGGAAGACAUCUUGUCUUCGGGUGGCGUGGCGGAGGACAUGACCAUCAGCGUGGUGUUCGGACUGAAAAAGGGCGUCCAAGACCUGGCAACCAUCCUCAAGGAGGUCGAGGCCUGCGGCGGACGCGUGUCCCACCUCGAGACCCGCACGGGCCGGACGGCCGAGGCCCCGCUGGAGGCGUUCGCGUCCCUGCGUGGCAUGGCGCGGGACGGCCUGCUGCGACUCGGCAAGACCCUGGCACUCGGCGGCCUCGGAGACAUGCGCGUAGUCAAGGACGUCGGAUCCGCGCUCGCAGGAGACAUCUGGUUCCCGCUGCACAUAACCGACCUGGACUUCUGCACUCAUGUGCUGACCAAGUUUGAGCCGGACCUGGACAGCGAUCACCCGGGAUUCUCGGACCCGGCGUACAGGCAGCGCCGCAAGGAGAUCGCCCAGAUUGCUUUCGACUACAAGCAGGGACAGCCCAUACCGAGGAUCGAAUACACGCCGGAAGAAGUUCACACCUGGGGCGUCGUGUAUCGAGGUAUGCGCGAACUGGUGCCGACGCACGCCUGCCAGGAGUUCGCCGACGCCCUGGCGAGGCUGGAGAGGGAGCUGCACUACGGUCCCGACGCCAUCCCGCAACUCGACGACGUGUCCAACUUCCUCAAACGUCGCAGCGGCUUCACACUGCGUCCGGCCUCGGGCCUGCUGACAGCGCGCGACUUCCUGGCGUCGCUGGCCUUCCGCGUGUUCCAGUGCACGCAGUACAUGCGCCACGGGUCGGCACCGCACCACUCGCCCGAGCCGGACUGCGUCCACGAGCUGAUCGGCCACGUGCCCAUGUUUGCCGACCCGGGUUUCGCCCAGUUCUCCCAGGACAUCGGCCUCGCCUCGCUCGGAAUCGCCGACGAGGACAUCGAGAAGCUGGCCACGCUCUACUGGUUCACGGUGGAGUUCGGGCUUUGCAAGCAAGCGGGCGAGAUCCGGGCGUACGGUGCUGGUUUGCUCUCAUCAGUCGGAGAACUCAAGCACGCGCUGUCAGGCAAGCCGGCCAUCCUCCCUUUCCAGCCGGAGACGACGGCGGUGCAGAAGUACCAGGACCUCGAGUACCAGGACACCUACUUCCUGGCGGAGAGCUUCCAUGACGCCAGAGAAAAACUGAGGCAGUACGUGGCCCGAGCGAACUUCCGGCCUUUCGAGGUGAGCUACGAUCCACACCGGCAGUGCGUGAUGGUGCUGGACACGCCCAAGAAGCUCCUCGGCGUCGUCGACUCGCUGCGAUCCGAGAUACAGGCCCUGACCAGCGCCCUCGGAAAGAUGAAGUAG